AUGGAGUUUGGAAACCCAGAAAAAUGUGGUAGUCUACAGACUCAGUCGACCGGUUUGGCAGGUAUGUGCAAUUUUCCAAUCGCGGGUACUACAUGUGUAGCGGAAGUGAUGACAACACUGCUGCUCUGUGGUGUACGGAACGAAUGCAUCCAUUACGAAUUUUCGCUGACAGUUAUGGAUCGGUCAAUUGUGUGGACUUCCAUCCAAAUUGCAAUUACGUUGUGGGAGGUGGGCAGCGAAGAUCGUUACGUGAGGGUAUGGGAUGUACUCACAGGCACCUGCGUUCGAACUUUCUGUGGACACUCAGCUGGCGUUACUGCAGUCAAGUUCUCACCAUGUGGACGCUACAUAAUCUCGACUGCCCGAGACGGAGCAGUUUGCGUCUGGGACGUUGCUUACCAGAGAUUGGCUGGAAUGGAGACAAAAGAGUUUCGUGGCUCCAUGGGUUCUAUAUGUUUUUCGCGAGACGGUGGAUCCUUUGCGGUUUCACAAGGCGGUGAAUCCUUAUCAAUAUACUCUCUCGACAAUAUGGUUGCCGCUACCAGUAACGUCACCGCAAACAAUGAACUCUGUUUUGAUCCUAAGUAAGU